AUGCAGGUGGAGGAAGUGUCCAUGGAAUCACUGCCCAGAGACUCCCUCUCUCCAGAAGCCAAGGAGAGAUACAAGACAUUGGUGGAGAAAUCCUGGGUUGACAUAAUGGAUGAGGAGGAACAAGAAGGAAAUAAUGAGGAGAUUAUGGAUAACGAUAAAGAUAAAUCGAAGGAGGCUGAGCAGGAAAAAGUGGAUUAUGAUCCAUUCAAUGUGUCAAGUUCGUCUGACGAGGAGGACGUCUUGGAAAUUGACGAUAAUUCGAGAGAUUUGUCAGGAGAGCAGAGAAGUAUUGAAAUUGACUUUCUGGACAGGAAGAACGAAGAGAAAUUUGAGAAGUUGGUGAAGGAAGAAAAAAUUAAGACACCAUUCAAGAGACGCCUUUCCGGAGAAUCACAGCAAGGGGAGGACGAAUCCACCGAAGCGACUGGAUCGAAGAGGAUGAAGGAAGGUACCAAAGCACGAGUCCGAUCAACCAGUAAUAGUUCCGGUAGUACCAAUAAUUCCGGAAAUGGGAAAUUUAAGAUGGAAAUUGAGAGUGAUCCGGAAGUGCUAAUUAGACGUCAGAAGCAGAUUGAUUUUGGGAAGAAUACCAUUGGCUACGACAACUACAUCAACCAGGUGCCAAGGGACGCCAGGAAGCUCACUGAUCCCAAUACCCCUAAGAAAAAUAUUAAGUACAGCAGAAGGGCUUGGGAUGGCCUGAUCAAGCAAUGGAGGAUACAGCUUCAUGACUGGGAUCCGGACAAAAAAGAUGCAGAAAAUGGGGAGAAUGCUGAUCCCAAGGAAUCCAAGGAAGUUUAAAGGGUCAAUAGAAUAAUUUAUAAAUGUAUUUUCUUAUUCAUUUGUUCAUCUGAAGACAUUGAAUUUCUUUAAGAA